AUGGUCCGCAUCGCUGUCGCCGCUCUCCUCACCUUCGCCGUCUCCGUCUUCGCUGUCGGUGACCCCUCUGGUGCCGCCAACGUCGGCAACGGCCAGGGCAAGCAGUUCAUCACCGGUGGCUGCCUCUCCGACGCCGACUGUGCCUCUGGCUGCUGCGCCGGCCUCCAAGACGGUGCCGUCUGCUCCGCCCGCGCCGUCGCCAACGAGCAGGGUAAGCAGGGCUGCGGCUUUGGCGGCGCUGCUGCGGGUGGCGCGGGCGGCCAGCAAGGUGGCAACUUCAACGACCAAAACGGUAACAACGGCAACGGUAACAACGGCAACGGCAACAACGGCAACGGCAACAACAACAACAACAACAACAACAAUGGAAACAACGGCAACAAUGGCAACGGACAGCUCUGCGCUCGCGAGUUCACCGCAUAA